AUGACCAACCCACAAGACAAUCCUGAAACUCCUCCACCACCCACUCCCUCAAAUUCAUCCACACCUCCUCCACCCAGUACAUCUCCAAAACCCAGACUGAGAAGGGUAAAAAUGCUUGCUCGAAAGACAGUAGCAUCUGGGGUUCUGAAUAAGAAAUUAAAUGAGAAGUUGAAGGUAAUUUCUUCUGUGUCUAAAAAUCUAGAAACUAGGUUUGUUCUGGUUGGGUCUGUUAUGGAUGUAGAAUUUCCAGGAUCACGAAGGAGUGGAGAAAGGGUAGAAGAGAGUGGCAAGAAGUCAGAGGGAAGUGGUUUUGGGGAAGCUGCUGAGGGGUUGGUUAAUCUGAGCACACAGAAAGAUGAACCUAGCUCAUCUACUAAAGAGACCCUAGCAGACCUACUGAAAAAGGUUGGGGCAAGCUAUGACCCAAAGAAAUGUAGAACUCCCACAACAAAAACCCCUAGUGUCCCUGAGCCCUCCACGAAAAGAAAGGCUUCACCCCUAUCAAUUACUGAAUUUCCAUUACAAAAGGGUAGAGCUAUAAGAAAUAGGGUGAGGCAAAGUGAGAGUGAUCUCCAGAAAGCACUAGAUGAGAGUAAGAAGAAAAGGUUGACUAAAGGAAAGGGGAAGGUUACAGAGUCCUCAGAGGAAGUGGAUGUUGAGGAAAUGGAACAGGCUUUUGAACCUUCACUAGCCAAGAGAACAAGGUCUACUGUGAAAGGAAAACAAGUAAGAAUUUCUAAAGAUGAGGAAUGGAGUGGAGAAGAAGUAGAAGAUUCUGAUGGUGAAAAGGACAAGCUUUCCAUGUUUGGCAAAAGAAAGAUUUUGAAGGGUAGACUACUGAAAGACCUGGUGUAG